UCACGAACGGCCGUUCGCGGCGGAGUCAGUUCAUCCAAGAUGGCGACGCCCAGUGAGUUGUCUCUCGAGGAGAUUCGCAACUAUUUACUGGAAAACGGAGGCACAGCACGUAAUCACGACCUGGUGAAGCAUUUCAAGCGAUUCCUGACGGAUCCGGAAACACGAGUCGAGGCGAGGAAUCGUUUCAAGGAGUACGUCAACACCUUGGCCACUAUAAAGAACGAGGAGGGUGAAAAAUAUUUGGUUCUCAAGAAGAAAUAUCGGCAACCCUUCUUAGAUCUUUCACCUCCUAAGCAAGUGGGAUCUCCCCUCGCCACCUCCAAUUUAACCACUCCGGUUUCUCCUCUACGCGAGCCUCCACCUUAUCGGCCGCCGCCCCCGGCACCCCUCAGUCCAUCCUCAAGUAAUUCUCACGUGAGCCUCGAAGAAAGUGCGACACCGAUAUCCACGCGUGAAAAAAAUGAUGAUUCGGAGCCUAGUUCGUCGAUGUCACCACCUGUUCCACCGCGUCGCAAAAGUCAAGACAAACUCAAGGUCGAAAACAAGGAAAACGUUGAUAGAAACCGAAACAGCUCCUUGGAAGCCGUCAUAAAGGAGGAUGAAGCAGUAACGACAACGAAUUCCUCCUCGGCUGAGCAACUGAGUGUUCGUGAACGAAUGCAACGCUUCAAUCGAAUGGCCAGCGAGACCGAUCUUCAUGUCCGGCAUAACGAUACGACUGUACCUGUUAGAAAACGAACGGAUAAGGGCGCCGACGAGGAUGACAGCGCUUCCGUUGCCUCGCAACUGGAUGGAAAAUCGCGGGAGUGGCUGGUCAGAGCAUCGCAGGGGGACUAUCAAGCGCUGGCGAAGCUUGCAGCGGAGGAACCUCGUCUCACCAGGCUCAAGGAUCCGACUUCCGGCUAUACGGCUUUACAUUGGGGAGCUAAACAUGGUAACGAGAACAUCGUUAAAUUAAUAGCGGGUACCUACAAAGACUACAUCAAGAGUGUCAAUGAAACUACGAACGGGGGCUACACACCUUUGCAUAUCGCUAUGCAAUUCGGCCACGAGAAUAUAUUCAAUCUCUUAGUUCAAGUAUACGGCGCGAAUCAGGACGUACGUGACUACAGCGGUAGGAAGGCCAGACAAUAUCUAGCCUCGCAAGAGGCGGCAGUCAGCCAGGACACGUUCCACAAAAUAAAAGCAAGGAAAAAGCAUGCAGAGAAAGAUCUUGGUUUCCUACGAAUUGGCUCGUUGAACGUUCGCGUGAAACGUACUACGGAAGCCUUCAGCCAAUUCCUGGGUGUGGCAACCAGCAGUACGACUAACAACAACAACAACGAGAAGAUUCACAAAUCGUGGGGAUCCGCAGAUAAUGUUCAGCUGGAGCAGAAGCUGAUGCCACCGCCGAAGUACGCGCCCAUCAAGAAGCGCAGGAGCAGACGGCCGCAGGAUUUCGGUUCAUCGCAGGAGCGGCAGCAGGUUGCCAGUCAACCAACUACUCCGUUGCUGCAGGGUAAGAUGAGCCGAUCGAGCCGGACCGUUCAGCGUCGACCAACGUCUACGACAUCGAUCAACUCUAACUCCAUCGCGUCUGGUAGCGUUCAGCAAAACGGCGAUUCCGACUCCGACACGACAUGCGGUUUCGAUUCCGCGUGGCGAGGAUCGGCCCAACUAUAACUAGCCUAAUUCGUUAUUCGAGAUAGCGUCGCUCACGCUUAUUCAACUACACGAAGCAUAGGAAAGUUUAGAUCUUAAGAAACUUUAGAGACCGACGGUAUCUCUGACAAUUCUUUCAAAAAUGGCGGAAACAAAGAUCCAUGUGCACGAUUCUCGCUAACGAUUGCAUCUACAUUAAAGACUUUUUAAUAUACAAAACAAUUAUUUAGAAAAUUAUUUUUCUCUUAAAUUAUUCUUAUUUCGCAGAAUCUUAUUGUUUACG